UAUUGAGUGCCUGCUGUAUACGCAGCACUGUGUGCUGUACCAGGUGGCCUUGGCCCCUGCCUCAGGGAGUGACGCUUUGGGUACAGACAGCAAACAGAUGAAGGAACAGAAGCUCCAGGCAGCUCCCGAGGUGGUGAAGGCUGGGCAGGGAAGACUCGGGAGGAGGCGGCCGCACCCUCGCACACGGCAGUGAGCUAUCGCACUCACUGCCGGCUUGGCCAUUGGUCACCUGCCCCCACUGGACUUUCGGCUCCAGAGGGUGGGGAUGUCUGCCUGCUUUGUUCACUGCUGUGUCCCCGGUGCCUGGAUGACGUCUGGCUCGUGACAAGUGCUCGGUAGUUGACAGCACGCAGUCGGAGGUCUGUGGAUAAGGGAGGUCUGCUUGGGGCCCAGCAAGUACGGCCGCUGCUGCCAGAAACUUCGAUGCCCUCAGGAAGGAAAACAUUUACGAGAACAACAAACUGGCCUUCCGCGUGGCUGAGGAGCAGCUGGGCAUCCCGGCCUUGCUGGACGCCGAGGACAUGGUGGCCCUGAAGGUGCCCGACCGGCUGAGCAUCCUGACCUACGUGUCCCAGUACUACAACUACUUCCACGGGCGCUCCCCCAUUGGGGGCAUGGCCGGCGUGAAGAGGCCCCUGUCAGACGCCAGUGAGGAACCGUCUGGAAAGAAGGCCCCAUCCCAACCUGCCAGGCCUUCGCCCACCCCAGCCCGGGGGCAGCCGCUGUCUCCGGUCAGCACAAACCCCACCGUCCAGCGGAAGGCUGGCCAGGCCGCGGUCGGCUCCGUCAGCAGCACCUGUGGCGUCUGCGGGCAGCACGUGCACCUUGUGCAGCGGCACCUGGCAGACGGGAGGCUGUACCACCGGAGCUGCUUCAGGUGUAAGCAGUGCUCCAACACGCUGCACUCGGGGGCCUACAAGGCCACAGCAGAGCCCGGCGUCUUCGUCUGCUCCAGCCACGACCCUGGAACCGCCUCUGCUGGCCCCACGUUGCCGGGCUUGGCCCCCAGGUGGCCUGGAGCCCUGUCCAUGGACUCCAAGACCCCUGGCUCCCCGAAGAAGGCCCAGGAGGCGAGUGGGCAGAGAGACGCAGGGCCAAAGGCCAGGCCGCCCGCGUGGGAGCCCGCGGUGGGCAGCCCGGCUGCCAAAGGUUACCCGCUGGCUGCAGCUGACCCUCCAGCCACCGCCUGCUCCCACGUCCACGCGGGGAGCCCAGCCGGGGCCAGGCUCUCGGUGGGCCCCGUGGGUGGCAAGGCCAGCACUCACGUGACCUACAGCUCUCCGACGGGGUGGUCGUCGCCGGCAGGCAGCCCUCGUUCCGCCGUGACCCCGAGUGCCCGGGACUCUCGCCCGGCCACACCACAAGGCCGGGUAGCCCCCCGAGGGGCAGCCCCUCAGACCAAGCUCAGCUCAGGGCCAGCGUCUCCGGUCCCAGCGAGCGCCCCGGCCUGGACCCCAUCGUCCUCCAGGACGCAGCAGGCCCGGGAGAGGUUCUUCCAGACGCCUGGAGCCGCCCCCCGCGCUGGCCCAGCUGGCGGGGCCCCAGCUGUGGCGGACGCUCCUUCCAGGGACGGCAGCAAGGAACAGGCACUGACCCUCCUCCGCAAGGCCCUCCACGAGCUGGGGGCAGCUGGCGCUCAGGCGCCCGGCAGGCCCUCCCUCGCCACCGGCCCUGCGCCCAACUCCCAUCCCAGGUCCGAAGGGCCAGGAGCAAGUCCAGCAGCCACGCGGCCACAGUCGGCGUCUCCGCAGGCCCUUAGCCCCGCCGCGAGGAGCGCGCCGCCGGCCCCCCGGAGCGCAGGCAGCAUCUCGCGGGUGUCGGCGCCGCCCCAGGCGGGCAGGAAAGCCUCGGCUGCACCCUCAGGGGCCGUCGGGGCGGGUGCCGGCUCCAGGCUGAAGCUGGAGGCCCCGCGGGCCGAGGGCCCGAGUGCCAGCCCCCAGGAGGGCCAGGAGGACGGGCCGGCAGGAUGGAGGGCCCGCCUGAAGCCUGUGGAGAAGAAAAGCCCCGCUGAGAGGACUCUGGAGCUGAAGGAGCCUCAGGUCCUGGGAGAGCUGAGGGCGGGUCAUGCACCCCAGAAGGUCUCUGGGAGCUCCGAGGGGGGCGUCCGCAUCACCCUGACCCCUGUGCGAGUGGACAGGACACCAGGCCCGGCCGGGGCCAGCCUCCUAGCUGCAUCCCCCUCCCCCUUCCAGUCCCCAUCCCACCGCAGGAAGCUGGCGGUCCCUGCCAGCCUAGACGUUUCUGGCAGCUGGCUUCAGCCGGAGCCCUCGGGGAAGGAAGCCCCUGCCUGGAGCCAGAAGAAGGAGGAGAAAGCCCCUCCCCAGGGUGAACCAGGGAGGCCCUCGGGCCCGGCCGGCAUCCCUGUUCCGCCUGGCAAGUCAGUGCCCUCCCCGGUCAGGCUGCACCCUGACUACGUGCCCCAGGAGGAGAUCCAGCGGCAGGUGCAGGACAUCGAGAGGCAGCUGGAUGCCCUGGAGCUCCGGGGUGUGGAGCUGGAGAAGCGCCUGCGUGCGGCUGAGGAGGACGCCUCGGAAGACGCCCUCAUGGUGGACUGGUUCCGGCUCAUCCACGAGAAGCAGCUGCUGCUGAGGCUGGAGUCUGAGCUGAUGUACAAGGCCAGGGACCAGCGCCUGGAGGAGCAGCAGCUGGACAUCGAGGGGGAGCUGCGCCGGCUGAUGGCCAAGCCGGAGGCUCUGAAGUCCCCCCAGGAUCGGCAGCGGGAGCAGGACCUGCUGAACCAGUACGUGAACACCGUCAAUGACCGCAGUGACAUCAUCGACCUCCUGGAUGAGGACCGGCUCAGGGAGCAGCAGGAGGACGAGAUGCUGCAGAACAUGAUCCGGAAGAUGGACCUGCAGAGGAGUGGUGGGGAGCAGAGGAAGAAGCCCAGGUUCCGCUUGUCCAGCAUCUGGUCCCCGAAGAGCAGAAGCAGGACCCCCGAGUAGCUGCCUGGUGGGGCUCCAGGACCCUCACGCGGGUGGGGUAGGAACGUGGGUGGCGGGACCUGCACCGCCCUCUCUGUGGGGUCUGAGCAGCCUCAAUAAAGAAACUGACCAUGUG